CUAGUGUAUGUAUUUACGAUAACGUUUUAUUGUUUCGUGUUUAAGGUGCAGAUAUUAAUUGUUUAAAUUGGUGUCUUAAUCGUCAAACGUACAUUAGUGGCUGCUGUAAGUCGUUAGUUUGAUGCAGGAUGAAGCAGCAUGACGUUUCUUCAACGCAAGAUGUUAAAAAGUUCCGUUACGUCGCUCCUGCGAAACGAGAAACAUUACCACAACAAUGGUCUCGUGAAUUUGGGUCAAAAAGCUCUAAUACCAAGAGCUCGCUGCAUGGGCUGGAUUUAGACAGCGUGUGGAGUAUUAAAAAAAACGUCUCUGUUAAGCCAACCCCACAAUUCAGCACAACAUUGCCUGGUGUUAAUAAAAAGGACACUUUCCAAAGUGGAAAUUCGUUUUAUUCUCGAUAUAAAACAUCUGCAUCUCACCCAGCCAAGCAAAAUCAAACAAUUUCUUCAGAGAACUUGAAUCCGGGCAAAGCAUCUUGGUUGAAAAGUGCUCCAUACCCCAACUCUGUCACAAGUGCCAGCCCAAUGCAGAAUUCUGACGAUGAUGAGUUUGACUUCGAAAUGCCGUCUUCUACUUCCCAAAGUACAAAGUGGGGAAAACCCCAAAAGAUCGCGACGCAGUUCACAUAUACAGAUUCUUCCACACUAGGAGGAGCUAGUGGGCCAAGUCUUGGGAAAAACUCUUUUGGAAAUUUUUCCAGAUCAAGUUUUCAGUUUUGAACGGUCAUUAUGACAUCACAAUCAAGUUAAAAUGCAGUUUUUUAUUUGUGAUUGUUACGUAAAUAUAGUAUUGGUUACAUAACAGUUACAUAGAAUGCAAUCUUUACAAUUCAACUUCACUUUUAUAUUAUGACCCAAUUGCCAUUUUAAAUACUUUAGUACAUAUAUUCUGAAGUUAUAACAAGUGUAAUUAUAAUUGAUAAACAUAAAUCAUAUUGUAAUGUUUCAAGUUUCAACCAAAUGAAUAGAUGCUUAUCUUCAGCAAAUUUACAAAACAAAAACAUAAAAUAUAUAUAUUUUUUACCCUGUGUGCAUUGGUGCGGUGACACCUUUAAUGUCUAGAAUAACGUGGCAAACACCAUAACAUUAACUUGCGACUGAGCCACUGUGUUCCUGUAUUAAAGUGUUGGUUAAUUUUCACUGUGAAUAAAUACUGUGUUCCUAAUUUUAUAGUAAUGACUGCAAUAUAUAUUCAUAUAUGGUUGUAAUGUCAGGUAAUUUUUCAUACAUCAACUUUAUACUUUAGAAUCUAUUAAUUAAAUGGCUGGUACAUUUAAAAUGUACUUAUCCUAAAAUUGUUACCAAAUUUGUUUACUGUUUUAACUUGCACCAAUACUUCGAGUCAAUCUUUUUCUUACAAACACACAAAAACAGUAUGGUAAACUUCUUAUUCAAACCAUAUGAUUCUUAUUAUAGUAAACGUAGUAUGUAUUAGUAUUUUUGUGCAUAUGUUGAAUAAUUCUUCAUUUAUUUUGUACUGUGCUUGUGGAAUUGUUUACUGAAUUUACACUAUCCUUUAUUAGUAAUGUGAUGUAACUAAUAACUAUCUUAAUAUACUCUUAACAUACCAUGGCAUUGUACACAUUUUUGUACCAAGCGUGGCAUAUACCACCAAAUGCUCAUUUCAUAUCUUCAUUUUCACAAAACGCAUUUUCUUUCCAUUCAUUUCAUGCCACAGUUUUCAUAUUGAUUCUUCAUUGUAGUGUUAAUGUACAUUGUGUGGUGUUAGAUGAAGUAAAAAUACACAAAAUAAAUGUUAACUAUUAGUGU